GGGGCAUGACCUUCACUCAGAGUUUAAAGCGAAGAGACCUAACCAUGACCGGCAAAACACAGACCAGCAACGUCACCAAUAAGAAUGACCCAAAGUCUAUCAACUCCAGAGUCUUCAUCGGCAAUCUGAACACAGCCAUUGUCAAAAAAGGUGACAUCGAAGCAAUCUUUGCAAAGUAUGGGAAAAUAGUGGGCUGCUCAGUGCACAAAGGUUAUGCGUUUGUACAGUACAUGAGUGAGAGGCACGCGAGGGCUGCAGUGGCAGGAGAGAAUGCCAGGAUCAUCGCAGGGCAGCCACUAGAUAUCAACAUGGCAGGAGAACCAAAACCAUACAGACCAAAACCUGGCAACAAGCGGCCACUUUCAGCACUUUACAGACUUGAAUCAAAGGAGCCUUUCCUGUCCGUUGGUGGUUAUGUCUUUGAUUAUGAUUACUACAGAGACGAUUUCUACAAUCGGUUGUUUGAUUACCAUGGCCGUGUCCCCCCACCGCCCCGUGCAGUGAUUCCACUGAAACGUCCUCGUGUGGCUGUGACAACAACUCGUAGAGGCAAAGGGGUUUUCUCCAUGAAAGGGGCAUCACGAUCAACCUCAAGUGGGGCUUCUUCCUCAGGAUCCAAAUCACCCACCCGUCUUCCCCUGCCCCUUAUGUGGAGUGAUACUGUCCUUGGAAGCGUCACUGGAAGAGGAAGAGAAAGAUCAGUGAAAUCAGAUGAGUUGCAAACAAUCAAGAAGGAAUUAACCCAAAUCAAAACAAAAAUUGACUCCUUACUAGGGAGACUGGAAAAGAUUGAAAAGCAGCAAAAAGCUGAAGCAGAAGCCCAAAAGAAACAAAUGGAAGAUAAUGCUGAUUUGAUUCAAGAGGAAUGCAUAUCAGAGAAUGCAGAUAACUCUACGGAAGAGCCAAUUGAAGGAGGGCCAGAUGCAGAUGGGGAUGGAGAAGAUAUGACUGAUGGGAUAGAGGAGGAUUUUGAUGAGGAUGGCAGCAAUGAGCUGCUGUCUUGGCUUCUUUUUGAGGUUCUGCUGGAAGAAAUUCUAUGCCUUCAUACUAAAGCCAACAUUUCAUUUCUCAGUUUCUACAGAUCAAGUGAUGAGAUGUCAUGUGUGAACCCCCUGAAGGCUGAGAAGAGAAACUCUGACUUCCCCACAGAAAAUUGUGAACAGCGGUUUCUUGCUGGCUAGCAACACCUUUGAUUCAAUUUGUAUGAAACUCAAUUUACUUAUUAAAAUGGACGUUACUGUUCAAAUAUUAGAAAUUCCAUUUCUUAUAUGUUCUAAGCUGGACAAUUGUCAGAUUUUUAUGGUUUAGAUUGUAAAUGUGGUUUUCUCUGGCUAAUUAUUGGUAUUAUUUUUUUAAUUUUGAUGUCUUAAAGGCCAAUGUACUGUAUCAUAAUAUUAUGAAGGACAUAUUUAACAGGUGUGGAAAACACUGUAUACAAAUGUAUAUUUCUAAAAGCUAUUUUUAUGAUUAGCAUGUUUUACUGUUUUACCAUAUUUAGAGUCAGGUGAUAUUGCACUUCUUUGUUUAAUGUUUAAUUCAAAUAAGACCAUUAUGAUCAGUGUCACAAUUAAAUACAUUGUAUGGUAUCUUCCAUUAUUUUAUUUAAUUUAUUUUUCAUUGGAAAUAAUUAUGUUUAGUAAUAGGACAGCUUCUAAAAAGUGAAAAUGUCAAAAUAAGAGAGCCAUCCUUGAUAAAUUGUAAAUUGGAUCCUCCUGUAAAUCCCUUUCUUUAGAUAAGCACACUCUGUGGUGCCAUUCAUCAAACAUUGUUACAGCUGUUCCUGCAAAUCUCUAAAGGUCGUUUGUUGUUACCAUAUGGAAAGCUUACACGACAGUCAGUCUCCUGUCCAGCCAGGAAAAUUAUUUAUAGCCUGUCAAUAUCUGACAGCCUGAGUUAGCUUACUUAUUAUUUUUUGGGUUGUUUUCUGGCAGUAGUCUUUUCACUCACAAACUUCUAAAUCUCUCCUAAAAGCUUGAAGUUGGAAUAAUUAAUUAUUACAGAUGUAGGGGGAAUCUCAGUAUAGAAUUUCUUAAUAAAUCAUAUUUCCUUUCCAACAGAA